AUGCACUUCUCCUCCAUCCUCCCUAUCUUCGCUGUCAUCGCUGGCCUCACUAAUGCCAACCCCACCCCAGAUGAUGAGCCUGUCCUUGAGACCCGCAGUGAAGGAGGCAUUGCCUUGAUUGAGCUCGAUCUCGGCAAGGGAAAGUCCUACACGGGCGUUGGAAGCCCUGGAAAAUGUUACAACCUUCCCUGGAACAUCAAGUACUUCAAUGUUUACUCUGACGAUACCAAAUCUGUCAUCGGCUGCUUUGACUGCAGAGUGUACACUAAAUCCAACUGUGGAGGGAGCUAUGUCACUCUUGGAGGUCAGGAGAAGGCCUUCAUGGCUAAGGGGGGAAAGAAGACUCAUUACAAGAGCUGGGAGUGCAAGUGUAAGGAGGAAUGGUAG